AUGUAUUCCUCUAUUACAUUCGCUGUCGCUGUAUUUGUUGCAACCAUUGCUGUCUGUUCGGCUUCUUGUGGUCCCAUACCCUUAGCUGCAUAUGGUGCAGCUCCUGGUGGUGGUCCUGUUGCUUAUGGACCAGCUCCUGCUGCCUUUGCAGCUGCAUAUAAUGCUGGUGCUCCAUCUCAAAAUCCCGCCGCUGCAAAUGGUCACCAUGGUCACAGUCACGCUCCAUAUAAUGCUGGUGUUCCACUUCAAAAUCCCGCCACUGCAUAUGGUCACCAUGGUCAUAGUCACGCUCCAAGUCCGGUCUCAAAUAAAUCCUCAGAUCCAGCUCCUGCUGCAUCCCCAGCACCAGCCCCUGUUGCAGCUCCAGUCUCUUUUGCUGCGCCAGCUCCUGUUGCGGUACCUGCUCCACCACCAGCUCCCGUUGCAGCGCCAGUAUCCGCUGCAUCACCUCCACCAGUCCCAGUUCCUGUUACUAUUCCUGCCCCACCAUGCCCUAAAAAUUACAUCUUCUCCUGUCAACCCCAGCUGAGACCAGCUCCAUGUGCUCAUGCUGCAACACGUGCAGGGUUUGGGAGUGCUGGUUCUUAUUCGAAUAAUUAUUUCAAUUAUGCUCUACCUCCAUAUGGUUUCAAUUAUCAGAGCUAUGAUAAUCAAAACUAA